AUGCUAUCCUUAUCUAGACGCCAUGAGAAUUCUGUGACAGCAGACUUGUUAUACUCAUCUACCUGUCUCCUACUUGCCAACUUAUCCUCUAAGCUUACUGCUCUACAGACCAAGCCACCUAAAGCUGCCUCUGUCAACUUCCAACAUCACAAGUGA